AAACAGUUGCAAACCGGCACUCAGACUGAACGGUAUUAGACAGUUGCUGGAGUGUAAGAAAAAAACGAGCUUAAGAAUCACUCACUCAUAAGUGGUGAUUUAAGGUGCGCGUGAAAUAUUUCGAAAAAAAAAUUAUUAAAAAAAUAAAAAUAACUCUGAAAAAAAAAAAUCGAAAUCCAAAAAAAAAAAAAAAUUCUGAAAAGAUAAAAAUAAUUGAAAAGACAUAAAAUCAACGAAAAGUGUACGAAAAGAAUCCAAAUUCAAAAAAAUGUUGCAACACACCACAAAGUUCAACACACAGCCCACCGGCAAAUGUCGCCCCACACUCUUCGCCUUAGUAUUUGUAUUUUCCAUGACUGCCUUCGCUUUCACCGAAGCGCUGCAGGACACAACGAGCGCGGAGCAACUUGCCAAUGCCAACGAAAACGAAGUUAAUGCCAAAGUGGUGAGAAUAUUGAUGAGCGCCAACGAUCAACAAGAGUCAGCGCAUGUUGACAAAGACAGUAAAUUUCUGCUCGUCAAUAUAGAGCAACAAAAUGAUGCCGAAAAGCUGCUGGCAACAACAAUAAGAGAGCAAAAACAACAACAACAUAAAAAUAAACGCGAUGUUAACAACACAACAACAGUGAAUGAAAAUAACAACAACCAAAGCACCGUUAAACAAGGUUACUACGAAGAACAACAACCAGUAGUUGUACACGCUGAAACAUUGCCCGCGCUUGGUCGGCGACAAGAUGAUUUUGGUGCGCCACCUAGCGGUUAUCAGGAUGCCUAUUAUGCGCGCCCUGGUUCUGUGUACGAUGACGAUGAAGAGGAGGAGUCACAGGAGGACGCUGAUGGUUAUCCUUAUGAGCAGCAACCAACAGCUGGUUAUUAUGGUGGUGAUAAUGUUGAUAGUAAUGCUGCUGAGGAGAGUGUUGCCGAUGAAGCGGAGAGCGUGGGUGAGGGACGUGCUGCAGGCAAUUAUGAUUCAUACUAUCGACAAUGGCAUUAUGCGACACCGGCGCCGAUACAGCGUCCAAAUGGCGGUUGGGAUGUGCGUGAUAAUCGCAAAUUGCAGAAUGGAGAACGUGAUCCCUAUGCCGCCUACGAUGCCGAUGGUCCAAUGGAAGAUUAUGAGUAUCCGGGUGCACUAACGCCAUCACAAAAGCAACAAUACGAACAACAACUAUUAAAACGCCAACAAGUACAACAUAAACCGCAAAACCGCCUACAACAGACCGCUACAAUGCAACAGCAACAGCAGGCGGUCCAAGAGGCCGACCCGCACAAUCGACCAUCCACCACCGCCAACAACAACAACCCGUCUACCGAGAAUACACUCAUAUCCACAUUGAAAAGCCUCAAAACCAUGUGGGACAUUUAUCGGGCGUUUUCUGCUGCUUGGAAUACGCUCGCGACACACCGGCAACAGCAAGAGCAACAACAACAAGAGGCAGCGAAACGUCGUCAACAGCAAAUCGCACAACAAAUGCGUAUCAAUUCGAAAAAACCGCCCAAAAUCGGCGCGAACGAUAAAUACACACAAAGGAAUAGCACUGGGGGCAGCGUGGAAGGCAGCGAAGUGACGACUGGAGCUGGCACAAAUGCGGCAAAACGAGUUAAGCCAAACAACAAAGCGACUAAAAAUCCUAAAACGACGACAACAACAACAACAACGACGACGACCUCAACUGAAUUUGUGGCGAGCAGCGAAGCGGAAGAGACGGUUGCCAACAGCAGCGGCAGCGAUGGUGGUGGCAACAAUAGAAACGCCGGCACAAAGGGUGAUGCGAUGGCGCGCCAAAAUGCUGAGGGUAAGCGUGAGAAACGUCAAACCACUGACACAGCUGUGACGGAAUCGACUGAUGUGGGCGAAGGUCGUUACAUCAAAGGCGAUCCACUGAAGGGCUACUACGACUUUGUCAUCACCGAAGGCUCGUACAAGUUUUGGGCUGUCUUUCAGACUGGCACCGCAUUGCUGAUUAUUUACUCAACUUUCGCCGCCAUUUACUACUCGAAAGUCAAUCCUUUGGUGUCCGAUUAUGACUACAUCGACUAUUUGGGUGGUGCACGAUCGCUGAGCGGCGGCGACGAUGACUUCAUCGAUGAUGAUGGAGAGGGUGGCGCAGCAGCUGGUGGUGGUAAGCGGCGUCAAGGCAGUUGGUUGGAUGCGAUGUGGCCACGUGCGGGACGCACAAUGCAAUAUAUACUCGAUGCGCUCGAUAAACUGCCCGUGGAUCAUCGUGAAGCGGAUGAGGCGAAGCGUAGUGAACGUGCGAGCGAAGCGACGACAAGCGGCGGACAAGCGACUGGGGAAGAUGUUGCAACGGAAGAUUUCAGUGAAAAUGAAAAUGACGAUGCAGCGAGAAACGAGGAAGAUGGUAGUGAAGAGACACUUGAAGCAACGGAUACAGAGACGCAACGGCAAGUGCGUGCGUAUGCUGCUUGACGGCGUUAAUGAGUGGUCGCUAUAGUAAUUUCUACGUCCGAUUGGUCACGAGACGCAAGCAGACGUGCUGAUUUAUAUAUUUAACUGUACAUUUGCAUGUAUUUGCUCACAUACCUACAGGCGCUACAGCAUUGGCAGCUAUAAAAGCGCGCAGCCAUAAAUUCUCACGCAAUUAUUUACAAUAGUUUUCUUUAUUUCCUGCAUUUUACUUUUCACUAUUUUUUUAUUUGUUUGCCUCAUUGCUUCACUUGCUGCUUGCUGCACAUUAACUUUAUUUAUUUGCAUGCGACCAAUACAUUUCUGCAUUCAAUUUCGUUUUUGUUUUUGCUGUGUUACUGCAAUGCAAUUUUAUUCGUUCUUGUUUUUGUAUUUUCAUUUAUUUCUUUGUUUUUUUUUUUUGUUUUUUAUACACGUUUUCUCAUUGAUUUAUGGCGUAGAAUUUAUGUGACACACUGCCAGUCGCUGUGUGGCAGCCACGCAGACGACACAUUUGGCGCUGUCAUUGCCUUCGCAUAGCAAUUUCGACCACAGCUGCCAGUCUGUAGCGCUUUAAUUUCACUAAAAGACAUUUGAUUCAGCAGAAUUUUUGUUUGGCAUUAAGCGUUUUCUGCGAAAUUACCAAAAAUACGCUAUCAAAAAGCAAUUCAUUUUAAUUUUAAACAAUAAUUUUUAAUAAAAUGUUUUAUUUAUGUAUUUAAGUAUGGAUCAUAUAUGCAAUUAUUUAUAAGUCCUCAUAUUUUUAAGUAAUUAAAAUGCACUUGAAGGUCUUUUGGUGAAAUGCAAUAUUGUGUCUUUUGGCCGAAAAAUAAGUUUUUAUAUAGUAAAAAUUAUAUAGAAGUCACUAUAACGGUAUAUGUAUUGUAAUGUAAUCAAAAAUUGACUUAUAAACACUCAAUGAGCUAUGAUAACUGUUAAUGAUAUAAACGAGAAUAAAUUUAGAA